UCUGGGUCUCUGGAAGAUUCGCUUCUGGCGGCUUCCAGAAUAUCGUCAGGAGGGAAGGAAGCUUCCAGAGAGCAGUGAUCUCCUUAUAAAUACCGGCAUGCAAAAUCUGGGGACAGACAGCGACCAGCGAGCGACAGACUGCAGAAUUCGGCAUCCCGAUACAGGACAAGCCAUAUCACCUAUCCCGAUAGUGGACAAGCCAUAUCCCCUAUCCCGAUACAGGACAAGCCAUAUCCCUUAUCCCGAUACAGGACAAGACAUAUCCCCUAGCCCGAUACUGGACAAGCCACAUAACCUAUCCCGAUACCGGACGACAUAGAAGCUAUCCCGAUAGAGGACCAGCUAUAAUCUAUCUGGAUACAGGAACAUCCUACUGAAUCACGAUCUGUGAUAGAACACAUCCCAGCACAAGGAAACCGACAAGGUGGGCAGAGAUUUUAAAGGUUGUUCUAUUAUUAUACAUCUUAAUCCUUAUGUUUUCUUUUGAGUAGUGGAAAGUCACACGUGGUAAAUUCUAGACGUUGUUACCUCGGUAAUCUCUGAAUACUUGUGGCCCUCCACCAUGCUUAAUCUUGGCUCCAUAUUCUUUUAAUGGACUAAUCAAAGUCCAAUCUGUAGACAGUCUAGUAAACUGACUCAUGGAAAAUGUCAAGUCGGUAGUAAUAUUUUAAAGCAGUGUUGAAGCAAGAUGAUGUUUGUCCCAUGUCUCUAAGUAUGACAUACCAUCAAAUAACACUAGUUUGUAUGGAUCCAUUCUUAAAGUGAUUUUUUUUUUUGGUAUGCCUUUUCUAGAUGCCAGAGGAUAUCAAAACUGUUCCUGGUCAGGCGAUGGAGGAAGAAGUGGAGACAUUUGCAUUUCAGGCAGAAAUUGCCCAACUUAUGUCUCUGAUCAUAAAUACCUUCUACUCCAAUAAGGAAAUCUUCCUACGAGAAAUUAUCUCCAACUCUUCUGAUGUAAGUUUGUGUAAAAUCUGUUCUGAGAGUGGUGAACAUGUUAUAAUAUAACAUUAAAUCCCCAGUCAUUGAUCGUUUCUGUAGAGUGGCAUAGCUGUUGGUAUCCUUUGCUGUCCACUGACCUCCUGUGAUGGUGGGUGAGUGGUGAUAAAUAGAUGGGGAUCUGAUGUUAUGCCCCCUGCUUGUCCACUCAAAGCACUGCCACUAGUCUGUCGCAUGAGGCUACACAAGAGGACCGAGCGCAGCAAAUAGCGUUGACAGGUUGCCAUAUGCUUACAGGUAGGAGAGAGUUUAGACAGAAGGGGUGGACAAUGGGGGAGAGGUAUAGAUACUUAGGUGGUUGGCAAGAUAGAUACAGUUUAGAUAUUCGCUUAGGUGCCACCUACCCACAAAACUCGUCAUGUAUGUAUAAAAUCUAUGUGAUAUAAAAUUCCAAUAAUGCAAGGCUAGUAGUAAAUGCUGGUCUAACAAACAGCAUUGCACUUUACAACGAUUUGUAACUCCUCUUGUGAACUACAGUUCCCAUGAUGCUCAGCCAUCCCAUAAGCUUAGUUAAUCAUCAUGGCAAUUGUAGUUCAGAAUCAAGCAAUGCCUGUGAUCCAAAGUUUUGGAUUGCAGCUCACUAUGCAGUGUUUGGUCUUUAAUUAUGUUUGAACUGCAACUUCCAUGAUACUCGGACAGCCUGAAGACUUGGUUGAGCAUCACAGCCAAGGCCAGCACUGUUUAAGUCUUGAUGUCAGAUAUUUUAUUUCUUUUAAAAAAAUAAUGCUAUACUUUACUAAGUCCUUUAUGAUUGGUUUCAGAUUAUUACAAAUACAAAUUCAUAGAAACAGAAUGGUAUUUUUUGUGUUCUCAGUCCUGUCAACUUGUCUUUUUCUCAAUUAAUAUAUUAAGUCUGAUCUUGAAAUAUUUUGUUUUUCAGGCUCUGGAUAAAAUCCGCUAUGAGAGUCUGACUGACCCGAGUAAAAUGGAUUCUGGCAAAGAACUGAAAAUUGACUUGAUUCCAAACAAACAGGAUCGCAGCAUCACAAUUAUUGACACUGGCAUUGGGAUGACCAAAGCAGAUCUUAUUAACAACCUGGGUACUAUUGCAAAAUCUGGAACCAAAGCUUUUAUGGAGGCUUUGCAAGCAGGGGCUGAUAUUUCCAUGAUUGGCCAGUUUGGUGUUGGUUUCUACUCAGCCUACCUUGUUGCAGAGAAAGUUACGGUGAUCACCAAGCACAAUGAUGAUGAGCAGUACGCCUGGGAGUCUUCAGCUGGUGGAUCAUUCACUGUCAGAUUAGACAACAGUAAGUCCCCUCUCUUAUUAGAGAGGUCCAUAUUGCAACUGUGUGACUGUCAGCAUUUUAGAGCAGUAAUCUCCAAACUGAGAUUUCAUGCUAGUGCACAACUUCAGCUCACGUGACUUUCUUUGCUAAGAAAAUAUCUUGAAAGUUGCAGUUCUCUAGUUCUUCAACAGCAGAGGACCUAAAAUUGUCUACUCUUGCUGUAGAGUAAGUAAACUUAAUAUCAGAAAGCCAAUAUACAUAUAAACAAUUUUUCCCCAAGUUCUUUCUAUUAAAUUAUUUUUCGAGAAUGAGCCACGUAAAUAUAGCAUAACAGAGAGAGAACUAGUUGUGACAUUUUGUUGUCCAAUUUCUCUUUUUAUCUAAACGUCUAUUGGUCUUUAUGAGGUUUAAGCAUUUUCAGAUGUCAGUGUAUUUCAUUAUUGGUUCACUCUCAGAACAUACACUUAUUCAAACUAUUUACCAUUAGGCGAGCCAAUUGGCCGUGGCACAAAGGUUAUUUUGCACCUAAAAGAAGAUCAGACAGAAUAUUUGGAGGAAAAGAGAAUAAAAGAAAUUGUAAAGAAGCACUCACAGUUCAUUGGAUAUCCAAUAACUUUGUAUGUAAGUAUCAUCUAUGUAUAUGUAAUAUGUUAGUACAUUCCAUAAGGCAGUGAUGGCGAACAUUUUUGAGCCUGAGUGCCCAAACCGCAAUACAAACCAACUUUUUCUCCUCCAAGUGCCAACACAGCAAUUAAACCUGAAUACUGAAGUUUAAGCUUAGAAAAAACAACUCAUACAGUUGUCCGAACUAAUUAACAUCUUUUGUUUUUAAAGAAGAACACAACAACAUAGAGUUCAAUGAAAACACACUGGUGUUUGGUGGUGAUUCACCUAACUAAAGACCUAUUCCCACCUAUCCACCUGCAGUUUGCACGCAUUUUACAUGCUGCUUUGGCACAGUUUACAUCAGAAUUACAUCCGUCUUACAUCCAGUUUUGGUGCAGCUUUGUAUGUUUGUCAAUAGACAUGCAUUUUUUAUCAGGUUUCUGUCCGUCCAGCUGCACCAAAACUGCAUGUAAAUUGUGUCAAAGAUGCGUACAAGGGGAUACUCAACUUUUAAUAUGAUUACAUACCAGACUGAAAUUGUAUGAGGAGCAUUUACUCCUCCUCCUCCUCUCCUCCAGCAUCUCCUCCUCCUCUCCCCAGCACCUCCUCCUUCUAUUCCACUAGCAUCUUCCCUUCUCUACCCACAGAAUCUCCUCCUCCUCUCCCCCAGCAACUCCUCCUCCUCUCCCACCAGCAUCUUCCCUUCUCUAUCCACAGCAUCUCCUCCUCCUCCUCCUCCUUUCCCACAGCAUCUGAUUCCAUUCCCCUGCUGUGCCGGGGUGUGGGCAUGGGGAGCACUGGCUUAUCUGCUGUUCCAGCAAUGCUCCCUCCGUUGAUGCCGCUGGGAGACCGGAAAUUACGUAAAUCAGGCGCCAUCGCAGACUUAAUAUCCUGUCUCCCGGCAGCAUCAGCGAAGGGCGCGGAGGGAGCAGUGCUAGAACAGCACGUAAGUCAGAGCUCCCCUUUGCUGCCCACCAACAAUAUGAAAGCAGAGUAGGCGACUGCCGUUUUGGGCAGGCAGGUACCUACUCUGCAUUGCCGCCGGGGGCCUAAGGCUGCCGACCGGCACCAGCGCCCGCGACCUAUGGCUGUGUGCCCAAAGAGAGGGCUUGGCUUCCCAGCUGUGGCACGCAUGGAAUAGGUUCGCCAUCGCUGCUAUAGGGCUUUAUCAAUCAAUCUUGGGGCCCUAAAUAUGUGAAUGUUUCUGAAACUCAAAUAUUGCCCACAAAAAUCUUGGGUUGUCUGUGGUACCCAUCGGUUGCAAAAAUGUGUUUCUCAAUUUGAAUGGCCUAGAACACAUUCCUUUGCAGUGUUCUAGCUAAGUAUAUAUAUAUUUUUUUUUGAGGCAUUGUGUUAAUUGCAUUUUCUGCAGUAAGGUACUCUGCUUAUAUAUUAGUAUUAAGAUAAGUGGAUUUUGCACACAUGUUCUUUGUGUCUGUCCCCUCCCCCCAUUUUGGUUGCUGUUGAUUUACCUCUGUUAUUCUAAAUGCAUUCGGCCUUAUGUAUUAGGGAGAUCCAAUGAAGAGAUGGAGUUGUGGUCCAAUAUGAAUUUCUGUGCUCCACCACUGGUUCUGGAGAGAUGUCACACCUUACUUGUGCAUAGUACAGAGCAAAUCAAGAGGGAGCAGGGGAUUUAAAAUUAUGCACCCACUGAAAAGAUGGGUCAACGUGUUAUAUGACUGCUUCAGUGCUUUGGUUUGUAAAAUGAAAUGUUUUAUUUGAUAAAGUCUUUGGACUUCUCAGUGGUAAACCUCAGAUAAGCUCAUAUUUUAAUUACAUCUGAUUUUGGGCACAGGAAAUCAGAUUUAUAAGGCACUAAACUGGUUAAAGCCAUAGGAAUGUAGACAGGACUCCACCAGUGGACAGCAAAUAAGAUGUCAGACAAAACCAGCAGAAUGCAACAUAGAGCAAUUAUUGAUCUUCUGACUUUAAUACGUAGGUGGAAAAGCAACGAGAGAAGGAGAUCAGUGAUGAUGAAGGCGAAGAUAUAGCAGAAGACAAAAAGGUGGAUGAGAAAGUGGGAGAAGAAGAAAAGCCUGAAAUUGAGGAUGUGGGCUCUGAUGAGGAGGAGGAUGAAAAUAAAAGGGAAAAGAAGAAGAAGACUAAGAAGAUAAAAGAAAAGUAUAUUGAUCAAGAGGAACUGAAUAAGACCAAGCCUAUCUGGACCAGAAAUCCUGAUGACAUUACUGCGGAGGAGUAUGGAGAAUUCUACAAAAGUUUGACAAAUGACUGGGAGGAUCACCUGGCUGUUAAAGUAAGCACUUGUCAACUCUUGAGCAUUAAUACAUUGAGUGUUAAAUGAUAGUUUUGUAGUAAAUACACAUUACAAGAAUGCAACAGUAUAAUUUACUCAUCAUCUUGAAGUGACACUAGAACAGUAGUUAACAGUUUGAAUGCAGUUCAAUGCAUUCAAACUGACCUCUCAUUUGGCCACACUCUACAGAGUUGUGAUCAAAUUGGUCACCUGCUAGAGUAAGUGGUUAGAAAAUAUAAUGAGGAUUUAAGGCUAUGGUAAAACAUUGUGGUGAACUCUAAACUUUGAAUAAUAGAGGAUCGGGUUAAGAAAUGAAAGAGGUGUUAAAAAAGAGGAUUGGCUCAGGAGCACCUAAUCAGUGAUAUAAAUGAGAUUGUAUCGCUUACUGUUGUCUGUUAAAAUGUCAGGAAGGCCUUUGGCUCAGUCUCUCGUGUAUACCUUUCUCUGCAAAGAUCUCUUCCAGUUUUUUUUUCGUACUGAAAAAUGAAAUGUCCUAUUUUCCAGCAUUUCUCUGUAGAGGGACAGUUAGAAUUCCGGGCGCUGUUGUUCGCCCCACGAAGAGCAGCGUUUGACCUGUUUGAGAACAAAAGGAAGAAAAAUAACAUUAAAUUGUAUGUGCGUAGAGUCUUUAUCAUGGACAACUGUGAGGAACUGAUCCCUGAAUAUCUCAGUAAGUGAUGCUGACAUACCUAUACCUGAAUAAUAACUCUCAAUUAUAGAGCAUUAACAAUAACUCCUUAAAGAAUUUAGAUUUUACUGUCACCACAGUCUGGUCCGUAAUGACCGUAUUCCAGUUUGGCUUGUCUUGCGUAAUUAUCUUUGACCUCGAUUUAAUAUUUUUGUAUACGCUUUUUGAAUGAUUUAACAUUUUGAAAAAUAUUAUGGUGUUUUUUGAUAUAUUGAUUUUUUUUUUAUAUAUAUAUAUAUAUAUAUGAGAUUUUUUAAAAAAAAAUAUGAAAUCAUUUAAAAAGCUUAUACAAAAAUAUCAAACUGAGGUUUUUAUUGGCUUCAUACAGGUCUACAGUCUUUGACAGUAUUUCAAGAAAAGAUUAUGGUGAUGUUAUGGACUUGCAUUCCUUUAUUAAGCGCUAAAAAAGAAAGUACUUCUAGUAUCUAUGAAAGCAAAAAUAACUUAAAAUUUUAAUUCCGUGAAGAACUACCAUAUUGACUAAGCCAUCUGCUUUGGUUUGUUUUUCCACCAUGAUUGUCUGUUUUUUUAAUUUUAUGUCAUGUGCCUAGUGCUGUAUCACUGAGUUGAACAUACUCUAGAACAGAGGUGCCUAAAAGAUAGAUCCCUUGAUGUUUUAUAACUACGUGUCCGUGAUAUUUUGUCAUUCUAAUGCAUUCUAAAGGCAUGCAAAGCAUCAAUGGACUUGUAGUUCUACAACAUCUGGGGAUUUAGAUGUAGAACUUAUAUCAACUUCUAUCAAACUAUGCUUAAAGGAUUUCUACAGUUGUAUAGCUAGGAUAGAUGUUUGGUUUCAUGCAAACAGAGAGGUCUUUUUCUGACUCAUGUUAUUGUAUUGUUUUGCAGAUUUCAUGAAAGGAGUGGUGGAUUCUGAGGAUCUACCUCUGAACAUAUCCCGUGAGAUGCUCCAGCAGAGCAAAAUCCUCAAAGUGAUCAGGAAGAACUUGGUGAAAAAAUGUUUAGAACUAUUUACUGAGCUGGCAGAAGACAAAGACAACUACAAAAAGUUUUAUGAACAGUUUUCCAAGAAUAUAAAGGUAGGCUGAUUUAUAGACUGUGUGAUCUAUAGUAAGCAGACUAAUAAUUGUAGGCCAAUAAAAACCCACCAUCAGAUCUACAAUUGUAAUUAUUAAAUUGCAAAUGUCAUUUUUAUAUUGUUGGCAUAGGAUGGUAAGACAAUUUUACCAUCAUUUUUGUGUUAAUGCCUUAAUAAAGUGUAUGCAUUUUCUAUUUUUCAGCUUGGAAUUCAUGAAGACUCACAGAAUCGUAAGAAAAUGUCUGAACUUUUACGUUACUUUUCCUCCUCUUCUGGAGAUGAGAUGAUCUCACUCACAGAUUAUGUCUCACGCAUGAAGGAAAAUCAGAAACACAUCUAUUAUAUCACAGGUAAUAGAUAAUAUUCAGUCUUCGUUUGUUUUGUCUUCACUCUUUGGGUCAUGAUAUUCAAGAGAGUCUCAAAUCUUGUGCAGUUCUCCUAAUAUGUGGGUUCCAAUUUGGUACAGGUGAAUCAAAGGAGCAGGUGGCUAAUUCAGCCUUUGUGGAAAGACUUCGGAAACACGGUCUGGAAGUGCUGUACAUGACGGAGCCUAUUGACGAGUACUGUAUCCAACAACUGAAAGAAUUUGAUGGGAAAACAUUGGUUUCCGUCACUAAAGAAGGUAUGGAACUUCCUGAAGAUGAGGAGGAGAAAAAGCUCAAUGAGGAGAAAAAAGCCAAGUUUGAGAAUCUCUGCAAGCUAAUAAAGGACAUUUUGGAUAAGAAAAUAGAGAAGGUUAGUUUGUUUCUAUGUAUUGUUUCUGAAUGAAAAGAAAGCUAUAUAUAAAACAUGUCACUAGUCAAUAUGAUGUGGCAAGCUUAAGUCGUAGAGUAAAUCACAUUUCUUCACAGCAGUAACAACUAAAAUAACUGUUAUUUCAGCCUGCCAAGAAAUUAGUAUUGAGACAUAUAAUUUUAUGCUGUAAUACCUAAGGAUACAUGAGUAGGAUAAUAGCUGGUUUAAUGGGGGAGAAAUCUGAUUGCUGUUUGUUUGGAGUCAAGAAGGAAUUUUUCAAAUUAUGUGCGCAGUUGAAAAUCGCUUUGUAUUGGGUCAUUUGCCUUUUUUUGGAUCAACAGCAUACACAGAUGUGUGAAAUGUUGAACUUAAAGUAACUUAUUCAACCUUGAUUACUAUGUACCAUGUAAUAACCAAAACCAUCUUUUCUAUGCUAUGUCUAGGUGGUGAUAUCCAAUCGUUUGGUUGAAUCCCCUUGCUGUAUAGUGACCAGUACAUAUGGUUGGACUGCCAACAUGGAGCGUAUCAUGAAGGCUCAGGCCCUUAGAGACAAUUCGACAAUGGGUUACAUGGCUGCCAAAAAACACCUGGAGAUCAACCCAGAUCAUUCAAUCAUUGAGACACUGAGACAGAAAGCUGAGGCUGAUAAGAAUGACAAAUCUGUAAAGGAUCUAGUAAUUCUUCUCUUUGAAACUGCACUCCUGUCAUCUGGAUUCAGCCUGGAAGAUCCACAGACACAUUCUAACCGCAUUUACAGAAUGAUCAAACUUGGCUUAGGUAAGAGAUUAGUUUCAUAGUGAAAAGGUUGUUUGUUUUUUAUUAGUUUUUAUAACCUCCUUGGUAUAUUAAGUAAAAACAUAUUACUGUGGUCCGAAGGGAACAGUAGGUUUCAAUAAGUCAUUUGUCUUUUUUUUGACAGGAAUUGAUGAAGAUGAGUCCAGUCUAGAAGAACAGGCAAGUCCAGUACUGGAGGAACUGCCACCCUUGGAAGGAGAUGAGGAUUCAUCCAGAAUGGAAGAAGUUGAUUAAUUAUGCUGACGACUUUACUCCUAUUCACUGUUGCUGGUGUUAUCAGAUGUGAAUAUCUUUCCUAGAACUAUUGAAUAUACAUCUCCUGAGGAGAGUGCCUGACUAAGAUUUUCUUAUAAAAUAAACGAUUUUUGGGCUAUGUGUUUAUUAAUAUGUCCUCAGCUGGAACUGUUAAUUGCCAUAGAGAAGAAUGUAUAGAUUAUUGCAGUAUUUCACAAAUGCACCUUUUAUUGUUUUUUUAUUUUUUAUUUUGUGUGAUUGGUUUAUGGGUUUUUUGUGAUGUAUCUGCUGCCAAAUUAUUUAAGAUUGUUAUAUGACAAUGAGUGUUAAUAAAAUAUUUUAUUACCAAA